AUGACAAAUUUUCAGGAAACUGCUGAAUUGCUGCCUGAGGUAAUGGAUAAACCACUUUCUUUGCUCAAGAUGGGUUUCAAUAAAGAAGAGGUCUCAGCUGUGAUUGCUAUUUUCGGUGAGGAAGCAACAGUCGAGGAGUUGGCUGACUCGAUAUUUGCAAGACGCUUCUCAAAUACCACUGAGCAGAAAAAGGUGAAGAUAGAGUCUGAAUUUCCGGACGAGACAGAAACUGGGUAUUCAACAUCGAGAUUGAGGUUCUAUGAUGAUGAGGAUGAUGCCAACAUCAGAUGUAAAAAGGCCAAGCAUGCAUUUGGAGAUGACAGAAGGGCGUCAAGCAGUCAGAAUGUUAAUCAAUCUAGCCGCACUCCAUGGUUAAGUCGUUGUUCUGGGUCAAUUGCUAAUGGUUCUCUGAAGGAUGAAGGUGUUGAAAGGACAUCAAGCCCUGGUAGAAAUAUCCACGGUGACCUUGUCAAACCUCCCUUCUUCAUCUAUGCAAGUCUGGUUGACAUCACCAAAGAAACUUGGAAUACCUUAUCGAGUUUCUUAUUCAAUGUUCAACCGGAGUAUCUAAACAGUCAGUCCUUCUCAGCUCUGACGCGAAGGGAGGGUUACAUUCAUAACCUUCCAACGGAGGGAAGGCAUGUUGCUGUUCCAAGUUCACCAAUGACGAUCAGAGAUGCAUUACCUUUGACAAGGCAGUUCUGUCCCUCCUGGGACACGAGAAAACGGAUUGAUGGUGUUGGCUUAGAUGUGGCAGGAACUGAACAUAUUCGUGCGAAGCUGGAGAAGGCAAUGAGAGAUUCACGAGGAAUUCUUUCAGAAGUGAAGCAAGCACAGAUUGUCCAACAAUGCAAGACGGCGAAUCUUGUCUGGAUCGGUCAAGGCAAGUUAGGCCCUCUGCAGCCACACCAGAUGGAAGCGAUACUAGGCUAUCCAGCUAACCACACAGAUCUGCCGGGCAUAGACCCACACGACAAGGUUGCUUCUUUGAGGUAUGCCUUGCAGACAGACACCAUGGCAUACAUUUUGUCGGUCCUAAAGGACCGGUAUCCUGAUGGGCUGAGGGUCCUCUCUAUUUUCAGUGGAGUUGGGGGUGCAGAAGUUGCUCUACACCGUCUUGGCAUCCCGCUGAGAUGCGUGGUGUCCGUAGAGGAGUCUGUGGUGAACCGUAGAGUUCUAAAGAGGUGGUGGGGGGAAACCCAGCAGAAUGGAAAGCUGAGACAACUGGAUAGGAUCCAGAAGCUAGAUACUAAGGAGUUUGAGGCCCUGAUGAAAGAGUUUGGUGGUUUUGACCUGAUUGUUGGCGGAAAUUAUGGUCUGUACAGAGGCGCAGCGAUGACAGUGGGCACAGCCAUGGGUAUGGACACCAGUCGGUUCUUUGAGUAUGUCCGCAUUGUCCAGAUGGUGAGAAGAAAAAUGCAAGGAAUUGCCUGA